CUCUAAUAGAUAUUGAAAAAUAUCUAAUUAAUUUUGAAAAAAGAUUGACUGAUUUUAAUCUUCCAAUGGCUGAUCAUGAUUUAGAAGGAAUAACUGAGGAAGAAAAAAAUAUAAAUGAUCGAAUCUUUAAUGAAGAACAUUAUUCAAUUAAUGAAAUAGAUGAAUUUUUAGCAAAUGAAA